ACCAAACCCUUGCUAACUCUCCUCACCUUUUCUUUUCUAUUUCUCUCCAGUUGACUCACCACACCACUCUCUCUUCUUCAUGGAUUCCAUGGAUCGCUCCCGAGCUUUCCUUCGGGAUGUCAAGCGUCUCGUUAUCAAGGUCGGGACGGCAGUGGUGACGCGCAGUGAUGGAAGAUUAGCUUUAGGCAGAUUAGGAGCAUUGUGUGAGCAGAUCAAGGAAUUGAACUCUCAAGAAUAUGAGGUUAUUUUGGUUUCGUCUGGUGCUGUUGGUAUUGGUCGUCAAAGGCUCCGGUAUAGGAAGCUCGUUAAUAGCAGUUUUGCUGACCUUCAAAAACCACAAGUUGAUCUUGAUGGGAAGGCAUGCGCAGCUGUUGGUCAAAACAGUCUUAUGGCUCUUUAUGACACAUUGUUUAGUCAGCUGGAUGUUACAUCUGCUCAGCUUCUGGUUACUGAUAAUGAUUUUAGGGAUAAAGAUUUUAGAAGGCAACUUAGUGAUACGGUGAAAUCAUUACUCGCUCUUAAGGUUAUUCCUAUCUUCAAUGAGAAUGAUGCAGUCAGUACCAGGAAAGCUCCCUAUGAGGAUUCUUCUGGUAUAUUUUGGGACAAUGACAGUUUGGCAGCACUUUUAGCUUUGGAGCUAAAAGCUGAUCUCCUUGUUUUGUUAAGCGAUGUAGAUGGUCUAUAUAGUGGGCCACCAAGUGACCCUCACUCAAAGUUAAUCCAUACGUAUGUUAAGGAACGCCAUCAAGGUGAAAUUACCUUUGGAGACAAGUCUAGGGUGGGAAGAGGUGGUAUGACUGCUAAAGUUAAAGCUGCUACUGGUGCUGCGUACGCUGGCAUUCCUGUUGUUAUCACUAGUGGAUACACUCCUGGUAAUAUCCUUAAGGUCCUUAAAGGAGAUCGUAUUGGUACCCUUUUCCAUCAAGAUGCUCAUUUGUGGGCUCCACAAAAGGAUGAUGGUGCUCGUGAUAUGGCUGUUGCAGCUAGGGAAAGUUCGAGAAGGCUGCAGGCAAUCUCUUCUCAAGAGAGGAGAAAAAUUUUGCUGGAUAUAGCUGAUGCCCUUGAAGCAAAUGAAAAACUGAUCAGUACUGAAAAUGAGGCUGAUGUUGCUGAAGCUCAACAGAGUGGAUAUGAAAAGGCCCUAGUAUCAAGAUUGGCAAUGAAACCUGGAAAGAUAUCCAGCCUUGCCAACUCCAUCCGUACACUUGCAAACAUGGAAGAUCCAAUUGGUCAUGUAUUGAAGAGGACUGAGGUUUCAGAUGGACUAGUUCUUGAGAAAACAUCAUCUCCUCUGGGUGUUCUAUUGAUCGUGUUUGAGUCUCGUCCAGAUGCAUUGGUACAGAUAGCUUCAUUAGCAAUCCGGAGUGGAAAUGGUCUUCUCUUAAAAGGGGGAAAGGAAGCAAGGCGAUCAAAUGCAAUAUUGCAUAAGGUUAUCACGGGAGCCAUUCCAGAAAGUAUUGGUGGGACCCUAAUUGGACUUGUAACUUCAAGGGAGGAAAUACCAGAUCUACUAAAGCUGGAUGACGUUAUUGAUUUGGUGAUCCCAAGAGGCAGCAACAAACUGGUCUCUCAAAUUAAGAAUUCCACCAAAAUUCCUGUUCUUGGUCAUGCUGACGGAAUCUGCCAUGUGUAUGUUGACAAGUCUGCUGAUUUAGAAAUGGCAAAGAGAAUUGUACUGGAUGCUAAAGUAGACUAUCCAGCAGCCUGUAAUGCAAUGGAAACGCUUCUUGUUCACAAAGACUUGGUCCAGACAGGUGGGCUGAAUGAGCUUGUUGUAAAUCUCCGCAUCGAAGGUGUUACUUUGAAUGGUGGACCAAGGGCGAGCUCUCUGUUAAAUAUCCCCGAGGCACGGACAUUUCAUCACGAAUACAACUCAUUGGCUUGCACUCUUGAAAUUGUGGAUGAUGUUCUGGAUGCCAUCGAUCAUAUACAUCAGCAUGGAAGUGCACACACUGAUUGUAUUGUUACGGAAGAUCGUGAAGUUGCUGAAGUUUUCUUACGUCAAGUUGACAGUGCUGCUGUCUUCCAUAAUGCAAGCACACGAUUUAGUGAUGGGGCUCGAUUUGGUCUGGGUGCUGAGGUUGGGAUUAGCACAAGUCGGAUCCAUGCACGAGGUCCAGUUGGAGUUGAAGGAUUAUUAACAACCAGAUGGAUUCUUAGGGGAAGUGGGCAAGUGGUGGAUGGGGAUAAAGGGGUUGUUUACACACACAGGGACAUCAAGAUUGAGUCUUAAAACUCAUCACUGUUCCAGCAGCCCAAGAAUUCGUUCUGGCCAUUUAUGUAUAAAAUAAAUGUUAUUUUCUUUCUCCCUUUCGAGUUUCAGUGUGAUUGAUACUUGAAAAAACAAGAUUUAAUUAGAGUUCAGAAGCGGCUAGUUUUUUCUAUAUUAUUUGCUUAGUAGCUUAGGAACUCUUUCUUCAGGGGCUGGAAAUCCAGAGUUUAGUUGUAGUCUUCUUGUAGGUCUUCAAUCUCAAAGUAACCUACCAUUUGAAUAGAUUAGGUAUUCAUGUAGUUUGAGACUCAUUUUGUUUGUGUGCUUUCCACAAUAGGUGUUUUU